AUGGCACCCUUUUCAAGCCUCCGCGCCACCCUCACCCAAGCUUAUCCUCCUGCUCCAGGUUUUACCGAGGCAAAUGUCCCCCCAGGCUCGCAGAGUGGCCGCGUUUUUAUUGUGACCGGUGGAAAUGCGGGUAUCGGACUUGAGCUAUCCAAGAUUCUCUACGCGAGCGGAGCGACUGUCUAUAUGGCCUCUCGAUCCCAGGCUAAAGCAGAAGCGACCAUCAAAACGAUUACCGAGGCGUCAAAAUCCAAGACUACGAGCGGCAAACUGAAGUUCCUGCACCUGGAUCUGAACGGUCUCUUGGUUGUAAAGGCCGCAGCAGAAAGCUUCGCGCAGCAAGAAGAUAAGCUAGAUGUGCUGUGGAACAAUGCCGGCACUGGAGCGAAUGCUGUCUCGAUCGGCCAACGCACAGCCCAAGGCUUCGAGCCAAUGAUAGGAAUGCACUGUAUUGCGACACUUCUCUUCACCCAACUCCUCACUCCACAGCUGCGCGCUGCCGCCGCUUCUGGUGGGAAUGGCAAGACCCGUGUUGUCUGGAUAUCGAGCGCUUUGGCAGAGUCAGCCUCACCACCCAACGGCAUCGACUUCGACUUGUUGGAAAGUGGGACAAAACUCACUGCUAACUACGGGACGUCCAAAGCGGGGACCUGGAUCCUCAACCGGGAAUUCGCGCGUCGAUACGCUAAGGAUGGAAUCGUCAGUGUUUGUCUGAACCCGGGCUUCUUGAAGACAGCUUCCUUCAAUGGAACCUCUCCAGCCGUCAUGUUCGUCCUGAACAAAGUUCUCUUGAGUGAUGCAGUCUAUGGCGCGUAUACGGAACUUUUUGCUGGCCUUUCGCCCGAGGUGACAUUGGAAAACAGUGGUUCGUACAUCAUUCCCUGGGGCCGGAUCCGCUCCAAUUCGUCUGCUCCACGACACGACAUAAUCAAGGCUGGGGAUUCCAAGGAAGAAGGGGGUCUGGAUUAUGGGAACAAAUUUUGGGCCUGGUGUGAAGGGAAAUGGAGAAGUUAUGUUUAG